AUUUCAUUUCAAUUCCUAUUCCAAUUCCAAUAUUAAGCUCACACCUCACAAGACACAAACACACCCUUUCUCUCUCUCUAUCUCUCUCUUUCAUGGAAAUGAUUUCCAUGUUACUAUUGUAUACCCUUCCUCUUUUCUACCUCCUCUUCUUGCUGUUGAAGUUUCUUCAUCAAAAGAAGCACCAGUCCUGCUACAUUUUGGACUAUGAAUGCUUCAAACCGAGCGACGAUCGAAAGCUCAGCACCAAGUUUUGCGGCAAAAUCAUCAGGAGAAAUCAAAACUUGGGUCUCAACGAGUACAAGUUCCUCUUGAAGGCCAUUGUCAGCUCCGGCAUCAGCGAGCAAACCUACGCGCCACGGAACAUUCUCUCCGGACGAGAAGAUUGUCCCACCAUCGAUGACAGUCUCUCCGAGAUGGAAGAGUUCUUCCAUGACAGCAUUGACAAGCUACUGAAAAGAUCAAAACUUUCUCCAUCCGAAAUCGACGUGUUAGUGGUGAACAUAUCCAUGCUAGCUGCGGUCCCUUCCUUAGCUUCUAGGAUCAUUAACCAUUACAAGAUGAGAGACGACAUUAAAGUCUAUAAUCUCACUGGGAUGGGGUGCAGUGCGAGCCUUAUUUCGAUCAAUGCCGUCCAAAACAUUUUCAAAACACACAAAAAUGUGUGCGCACUUGUUGUGACAUCGGAGUCCUUGAGUCCCAAUUGGUACACGGGCAACAAUAGAUCAAUGAUACUUGCAAAUUGUCUGUUUAGGUCAGGUGGUUGCGCCAUACUUUUGACAAACAAAGUGGCCUUAAAGAAGAAGGCCAUGUUCAAGUUGAAGUGUCUAGUGCGUACACACCACGGAGCAAGAGAUGAGUCCUACGGGUGCUGCAUACAGACCGAGGACGAGCAAGGCCGGAUAGGGUUUCACCUUGGGAAGACCCUUCCCAAGGCUGCAACUCGAGCCUGCAUCGACAACCUCAAGGAGAUCACACCAAAGAUAUUGCCGCUGAGGGAGCUGCUCCGCUUCGCCGUCGCAUCAUUCAUACGAAAAAUGAACAAAAACUCGUCCGCAAAGGGAGGGAGCACUCCGAGGCCGGUGAUCAAUUUCAAGACCGGGGUAGAUCAUUUCUGCCUGCAUACAGGUGGGAAGGCGGUGAUAGAUGGCAUCGGACAGAGCCUUUGCCUGAGUGAGUAUGACCUAGAGCCGGCGAGGAUGACGCUGCAUCGAUUCGGAAACACAUCUGCAAGUAGUCUUUGGUAUGUGUUGGGGUACAUGGAGGCCAAGAAGAGGCUUAAAAAAGGUGAUAAAAUAUUUAUGAUAAGUUUUGGUGCAGGUUUUAAGUGUAACAGUUGUAUGUGGGAGGUGGUGAGGGACUUGGGUGACACAAAUGUGUGGGAGGACUGCAUUGAGAGCUACCCGCCACAAAACCUAGCAAACCCUUUCAUGGAGACAUAUGGUUGGAUCCAAAAUGAGGAUAUAAGCACCUUCAAGAUUCCAGAUGAAUAUCUGUAAAAAUUCAGUGAGAAAGGUGUUUAAGGUGAUCAUUAUUUUUCUUUCGACAAUCUCUCUUCUUCUUCAUUGUGUUGAUAGGUUUUAUUAAUUUUUAUGUGUAAAAUUACAUGUUCUUGUUGUUGAAUCCAUGGGGUAGAGGGGAUACACUGAUUGUCCAAUAAGGUAUGCUGCUUCCAAGGAAAUGAGAAGUUUGCAUCUUAUAUAUUUAUAUAUAGGGCUUGUUUUUGUUUUUAGGAUAGUGAUUCUUAGACCUAAUGAUUUAACGGAUGCGUCCGGGAGAGUAUCCGAUGGAUGACUUGUAAUUCCGUUAGAUUAUUAGGUCUAAUUAGCAUUGUCUGUUCUUUUAAAGUUUUAUUUUUACCUAUCUUUUCUUUUCUUUUAACAGUGAUAAUAUUGUUAUUGGCUUGCUUUAA